CAACUGGGUGUUGGGAAUCAAACCUCUGGAAGAGCAGCAGUGUUCCUAACUGCUGAGCCAUCUCUCCAGCCCUAGAUAUAUGUCUUAAUUGAGGAACAGAUGAAUUUUUGAGAGUUCUGAAGGGUAGUGAUGGUGACUAGGUAGUUUCCUUCAUAACCUGGUGACUGUGAGGCUUUGUUCUCCUUUUUUUUAAACUGCUACCAAGACUGACUCUCAUUAAUACCCAUUUAACACGGCUUUGCAAGAUCACAAUGUAACCUAGUCUGUCUUUCAGGGAUAUGAAAAAUACCUGCAUAUUAGCAAUUGGAGUGUAAGAAUUAUUUUUUGUGAGAUAUAUAUAAUAAAAUACAUAUUCAGUGGAUACAUAAGUUUUCUUGAUGAAUCUAUAGUUUUAUACAGCUGAUUAAAUUUUUCUCUUCAGAGAAUAGUUUGAUCAGGUACAUUCCUGUUCAUAGUAUAGCUAAGUCAGGGGAGAGGGAGGAUUGGUCUUUGGACCUGUACUGAGGCAGAGUUACAUUUAGAUUUAUUAUACAGGCUAAACAAACACAACACCUGACAUUUAUAGAAGCCCUCAUUGAAUCAGUGAAUGAAAAAGUUUUAUUCAGCCUACUAAGAUGUAGGCUUCUCCAGAGCAAAAAGUUAUGUUUGUUCUUGUUGGGUGGUGUUGAAGACUGAACCCAUGGCCUCCACGAGGCAGGCACAGCCAUAGCAUUAUUUUCUUGUUAACUCUAGUAUACUAGGCAUCUAGACCAGCAGGCACUCAAUGAAUACUUGUUGAAUGAAUAAAUAAGAACAACUUUUAGGCUAGAGUCUGGAACUCUACCCAACAUGGCGUCUGAGUGCAAGACUAAGUUAUCCAAGAACCUGCUGUGCAUGAAGUUCAUGCAAAAGGGCCUGGACUCGGAAACCAAGAAACAACUGGAGGAGGAGGAAAAGAAGAUGAUCAGUGAUGAGCACUGGUACCUGGAUCUGCCAGAGUUCAAGGAGAAAGAGAGUUUCAUGAUUGAAGAGCAGAGCUUCUCACUAUGUGAAGAUCUUCUCUAUGGAAGGAUGUCGUUCAGAGGAUUUAAUACUGAAGUUGAGAAGUUAAUGCUUCAGAUGAAUUCUAAGAACAAAGCCAUGGUAGAAGAAGAGGAGACAGUGGAGGUGGAUGUGUGGGAUGAAGAGAUGGCGAGGAGAUAUGAGAGUUUGGUGGGAACAAUUGGAAAAAAGUUUGCCAAGAAGAGGGACUGAGCCAAUUUUGAAGAAGAUGAAAAUGGAAAUAUAAAACCCAUUAGAACAAAGAUGUUCUUAAAGCCCCAAGAUUUAAAAUGGAUGCCAGAUACAGCAGAUGCCUUUGAGUGCAGCGGGUUUGAGAUCCUCCCCGUGGCGUCUGUAGUGGUUAAUACUCCAGUGUUACCUGUAAGGAGUGUGCUGUUCUUGAGACAGAUGUGUAGUGGAUGUUAUACAUCCUUUCAGUGGCAUUCUUCAGGGUCUUCAAAUGUGUGGGCACAUGCCGCUCUUAUUUGACCUGAUUUUGGUCUGUGUGUACAUACACACAGACAGGACACAUAUGAACAGCUCUCUAGUACUGUCCUGGAAUGACUGUUGUAAACUAAUUAUUGCCAUUGUUUCAACUGCCCUUAUAUUUAUAGUUUACUUUUUUAAUCAUGUCAAGCCAAUUCAUACAUUCACUUUGGAAUCAAAUAUUUGAGAAUUUUCCAGAAGUGAUUCACCAGGAGCAGACAUGUCUCUCUAACCUGAAAUGUCUAUAUGCUGCUGGAUCUUUCUCAUCUGCAGAGGUGUGGUUUUUGAUUAUUUAAAGCAGUCAAUGGGUUGUUUUUCUAACAUUCUGUAAUAAACAUCUGUUUUUGUAAAAAACAAAAAAACAACUUUUAUGUUAAUUUGUGUUCGUAUUGUUGAGGAAAACAAGGUCCAGCUGGCAAUGGUUGUUCAGGUAGUCAGGAGUGUAGGUGGAAUCAAGUUUGCUGUGGUAUUUUAUACUGUACUGUGAUGUCCCUUUAGGGUUAUGAAGUUUAAGUCAUAGGUGUAAAUGUCAAGUAGGAAACAUUAAGAAACUUGAUCAUCUCAUAUGAACUCAGCAAGGCCAAUUAGGCUAUGCUUCGUUUUUUAGAUGGUAAAAGCUAUUUUCUGAGACAUGAUAUUCCCACAUAAGAACAUCAAAGCUCUGCUUUCAUAUUCACCAUAGGAAACCAUUGUCCUUCAGUGGUAUUGAUUUGGUUUCUUUACUCCAUUA